CAGAGACAGGCCUCGUGUGGUGGGUUGUGUGCUAUCAAUAGUGAAGAGACCCUUAACCCACCCAAUCUCACCCAGGGUAUAGGUCGGUCUCGUUCCAGACUUCUUCACCAGCCUCUCUCCCUUCCUUCCUUUUCAUUUCCUUUUAUAAAGAGUGGAUUGACUUAAGUUGACCUCUGAUAAAGCUUCUGACAUUGUCUCAAUCAAUGAAGCUGGAGAAGAUUAGGAAGCCAAAGUUGGCAUGAAGGUAUUGAAGCAGAUUUGCAGCCACUUUGCCUGUGACUUUGACAGUACAAGGUCUGGUGUCCCCCUGUCUUUACUUCUUCACUGACUCUGGGAAGUCCCCUCGCCCAGGAAUUGGGAGGAAUUGUAGCCACCCAAAAGAAAGAAACCGAGGUCCCUAAAAGGUUGCCUGGAUGGGGGGUUGCCUUUGACCUGCCCUGACCCCUGUUUUAGGGGAUGCAUUUCCUCUUUGGUCUCCUGAACAGUGAAGAUACGUGGCAAAUGCCUGCCAUGCUUCCUUCAUUGGCUGCUUGUGCACAUAUUGUUUUGCAUGGAAAUGCUCAGAAGGACACCCAAGGCGCCAGGCCCUGCCAUCCCUACGUGCUGGGGAAAAGCAGUUGCAGUAUCUUCUUUAUCGCUAGGCUUAUGCUUAGCACAUUUUAAAAUCUGGUGCCUUUGAAGGCCUCCCUCUCAGAGUGCCCUGAAUUCUCCCAGAGAAUGAAAUGCUCAUGCAGUAAACAAAUGCUUUCAGCUUUGCCUAAAGAUAGCCAUUUUCCCUGUGCCUCCAAAGAGCCUAUGAAAGGCAGAUGGUUUUUUUAAAAGAAAUGUAAGCCUUCCAAGAGGGAGGAAGACUAUUACAGUUUAUCUAGCAACCUGACCAGCUUCUCUGCUCCUGAUUCCUGAGCUCUAAGAUCUCAAUCUCAUUGCUAUAAAAAUGCACUGGGAGUCUAGAUUAUACACCUGGUCUCUGGAAAGCAGUGAAGGCAUCUGUGAACAAGGCUCAGUAAUGUUUGGAAGCCACUCUGGUACCAUAGUUGUAAUACGGAAGAGGUGCUUUUUGUAUUCGACUCGGCUGUUUUGUUUUGCUGUCUGCUUGCCUAGAGCCAGAGUAAUAACCUGAACAAUGCUACUAAAAUUGCUACUGUGCCCUUUUAAAUUACACCGUUUGUUUCAAUUGCAGACGGAUAGUAUGAGAGCACCAAGAUCUUUGGAGGAUUUAAUGAUAAAUAAUUAACCAUUUUAUUGCCACAGUACUCAUAAAAAUAUUAGGCACUUGAUUAUAAUCGUAAAAAAGGAUUUGAUGGCACUUAGCUAUGUUGGUAUGUAAUCCCGCAUUUCACAGAAUGCAUAACACUAACCCACCCAGCUUCAGUUUUAUUAAUAAUGCAGUUUUGAUCCUAGAAAUUAACUUAUGCCCUAGAAAUAAUAUUAAACAUUGGACUGCCCUGUAUGCACCUGUAUUUUAACAGUGGGAGAUGGAGGUUUCCGAUAACUCUUUUCCCAGAUCCAGCCAAUUUUUGGACAUAAUUCUUCACGAAUAUCAGGUUUGAAGAGACAUUUUGACUCUCCUGAUUUGGGAUUAAUUUGUUUUUGAAGCUGCUUUAGCAUCAACUGAUCGGUCAAGGUUUUGCUAUGGCAUAGUAAAGAUGAAUUCACGUAACGCCCUAUAGUUCUGCCAUAUGAAAAGUGAGCACUCAUUCUCUGCUGAGGUGUAUUCAGUCCCUUAAAAUGAAGUCUCCUCGCAAACUUCAAAUACAGCAGGAGGAUAUCACUCUCUUUUCUGCUUAAUCCCCGUACAGGUAGUCCUCGAUUUACAACCACAGUUGGGACUGGAACAUAUCUGUUGUUAAGGAGCAUAGUCAUUAGGUGACUAAUCAUCCUGAUUUUGCAACCUUUUUGCAUUGUGAAUCAUGUCAUUAAGUGAAUCUGGCUGCCCCAAUGGAAUUUGCUUGUCGGAAGUCCCCUUGAAAGAUUUUUAAGUGGCGAUAUUCUGGUCCCGGGACUUUGUGUGAAUACCUGCCAAUUGCCAAGCAGCCAAAUUUUGAUCAUGCGACCGCAGAGAUGUUGCAGUAGUCAUAAAUCACUUCUUCUGAGCUUUUCUAACUUCAAGUGGUCGUUAAACAAAUGGUUAUAAAUUGAGGAAUACUUGCAUAUUAUAAUUACUGUGCUUAAUUGAAGUAACUAAACUUGCUCAUUUUUUUAAGCUUUGAAAGCCUUUAAUUUAUAUCUUGACAUAGUUUAUUAUAAAAUCAAGCAAGCAGUUUGUUUUAUUUGCCCUAACCUGGGACACAGGGCUAACAAAAUUUUACAAAAACAAAGCUGGAUCUCUUGAUUUCCUUUGUGUAUAAGCAAAGUCAUUUUUUUUUCCGUUUCAAAUAUCAUGUAAAAUAAUAUUUUGGAGAAGUUACUAUUUAUUUGUAAUAUGCUUCUCACUUUGUGUUAAUAUUGUUUAAUAAACUUUAAUAAUCAUUGUGUUUCUUGGAAAGAUUUUUAUUUUCAUGUGAAUUCCCUCUGUAGGGAAUUAAUCUGGCAUAAUGGUACUAAUAUGGAUUUGGGUGUUUGUGCUAAUUCCCCCUUUUAAGGAAGGAAACGGGUUGUCCUUUUCCAAAGGUGACAGUCUGUAUCUCACUUAACCCGCAAAUAAAAAUGGAUGCUAGGCUAACAGACUGGUCAAAACACCCCAGUCAGCAUUUUGAACAGUUUACAUCAGAGAUGAGUUAAUCGCCCUUCUUGCUCUUCUCUUACGUAGAAAUUAAAAGAUUGUUCACAUUUUGCAUGGGUUUUCCAACUUGUAGAAAGUAUUGUUUAUGCCAAUGCAAGUUUACGGCAUUCUUUCUGCAUGUAUUUCAUAAUUCACACAGAUUACCUAAUCAAAGUAAGCUGAAUAGCUGAGUGAGUGAACAGUUAAAAUAUACAUUUGCUCUGUUUAAUAAAGAUCACUUUAGAAACGUCAACUUAUUCUAACUCAAAAGUGGCUGCAAAUCAGCAAUUAUAGUCACUGAAACGGUUUUUAAUUUUUCUAAGGAAAGCACUGCAUUAAUGCAUGAUAUAAAAGAUUUUUUUUAUAAUUAAAAUGCAGUUUUGAAUGACUGAAUUUUCCAAUUUCAACCACUGCAUUUGUUGAGGCACAAGCUGGAAAAUGGAACUGGUAUCAAUCCGCGCUCUAGAUUUUUUUAGCAAUUAUCUGGCAAUGGAAUGAGGGAUCCGGAGGUUCCCUCACAGAUAAGGUUCCUCUGAAUUAAAGCUAAAGUAGAAGAUUGAUAUGAUUUAAUCUGUAUUUCUUCCAUUUUUUGAUGAUGUAUUAGUAUUUUCACUCAAAGUGACCACAAAGUUAGAUAGCCAAGAUAAUCAUUUAUUUAUUUUUGGAAUAAUUGUUUUUAAAAGAUUGUAAUACUUUUAAAUAAUCAGACUAAAAGCUGAGUAUACACACUGCACUAAUUGCAUUUGAGGCCAGUAGCUCAUAAAAAGUAUUCUUUGCUUUAAGAAAAAUAUUGCUCAUUUGUUUUCCUUCUAGAGAGGGCCCUGCUCUCAAUUCAAGGCUUCUGCAAUUUAACUGAUUUUGUAAGACAAGUUCAUGUCCCAAGUUAAGCUUUGUUUUAGUUCUGGAUUUCAGAGCAUUCUGGGGCAUCUCCAGAGGUGUUUUAGAGCCCAUUGAACACUUGAGCAGUUAUCUUGUUAUCCAAGAAGAUUUUGGGGCCUGUGGAGUUCCUGCAUAAUCCUUUCAUUUGCAGGAACCUGUCUUGCCCCUUCCCUUGACGGGGGGGCUGCUCAGGCUGAGUUCCUCAUUCUUUCUUCCAGCUUGAAGAAUGUGGCGCUGCUUUUGGCUGAGGAAGGGAUCUCUGCCUGACCCCCCCACCCCCCUCCAAGGGCAUUGAUUCUUUCAGGACCAGGGCAGUCCUCCAGGUUAAAACCUUAGCCGAUGCUUUUUCUUCUUUUGGGGGGAAAUUCCUAAAAGACAGUUGGUACCAGUUCCAUUUGUUGCUCUUCAGUUAUUUUACAUUUCAUUUCUCAUUUGAUAAUUGAUAUCUGGAAUAAUCAGCAGCUCUCUUCUUCUCAUUUAUUUUCUCAUUAUUUUUAUUCCAGGAUUUGCCUCUGAAGCAGGGAGUGUCUGCAUUAAAAAUGACCUGCAGUUCUCUGCUUCAUAGAUGCUUCUUCAGCUCCCUCUUCCUCCGUGGGCGGUGCUUGCAGCUCCUUUACCACCUCUUCCGGCCCCACCAUUUACUCUACCUCAGUCACUGACAGCAAAGCUAUGCAAGUGGAGGGCUGCUCCUCAGCCAUGGGGGUAAGUAACCGUGGGGUAAGUGACAAGCAGUUAACCAAUAACACAGUCCAGCAGCAGCAGCAGCCACAGUCCACCCCGAAGAGGCACACAGUCCUGUACAUCUCGCCACCACCAGAGGAUUUGCUGGACAACAGCCAGAUGUCCUGCCAGGAUGAGGGGUGCGGAUUGGAGUCUGAGCAAAGCUGCAGUAUGUGGAUGGAGGACUCCCCCUCUAACUUCAGUAACAUGAGUACCAGUUCCUACAAUGAUAACACUGAGGUGCCACGUAAAUCUCGUAAGCGAAAUCCAAAGCAGAGGCCAGGGAUCAAAUCCAGAGAUGGUGAAGAAUCGACCAUGGAUAUCUUUGAUGCUGACAGUGCCAAAGCGCCUCAUUAUGUCCUUUCUCAACUCGGCACGGAGAGCAAAAGCAACUUGAAAGCAGGAAAUGGAACCUCAGAAGUCCCCAAGGCGGCUGGAGGGAAGAAGAGCCCUCUGUUGUGUGGUCAGUACCUGAGCAAAAGUGAAGGCAAAGAGCUGAAGAUCCUGGUACAGCCGGAGACUCAACACAGAGCUCGCUACCUCACUGAGGGCAGCCGAGGCUCAGUGAAAGACAGAACCCAGCAAGGAUUCCCCACCGUCAAGCUGGAAGGUCACAACGAUCCUGUGACGUUACAGAUAUUUGUAGGCAAUGACUCUGGCCGGGUGAAGCCCCACGGAUUCUAUCAGGCCUGCAGGGUGACAGGGCGGAACACCACGCCCUGCAAAGAGGUGGACGUCGAGGGCACGACUGUCAUCGAAGUAGGCCUGGAGCCGAGCAACAGCAUGACGCUGGCGGUGGACUGUGUUGGGAUUCUGAAGUUGAGGAAUGCAGAUGUCGAAGCCCGAAUAGGCAUUGCUGGUUCUAAGAAAAAAAGCACUCGAGCCAGACUGGUUUUCCGUGUCAACAUCCCGCGGAAAGAUGGUUCUGCUCUAACGCUACAGACUCCGUCCUCGCCUAUCCUGUGCACUCAACCUGCAGGCGUGCCGGAGAUCCUCAAGAAAAGCCUGCACAGCUGUUCAGUGAAAGGAGGAGAGGAGGUCUUUUUGAUCGGGAAGAAUUUCCUGAAGGGAACCAAAGUGAUCUUCCAAGAGAACAUCUCUGAUGAAAGCUCCUGGAAAGCCGAGGCAGAAAUUGACAUGGAGCUGUUUCACCAGAAUCAUCUAAUUGUGAAGGUGCCACCUUACCAUGACCAGCAAAUAACUACACCUGUUUCUGUUGGGAUUUUUGUCACGACCAAUGCUGGGAGAUCACAUGACAUACAACAAUUUGCAUACACUCCAGAUACAUCAGCUGAGACUCUGAAUGUGAAUGUGAAGCAGGAAAUAUCCAGCUCAACCCAGCCCUGCUCUUUUGAUGAUGUAGCCAAAGUAAACUCCAGUGGUUGCAAGUUGGACCAAGUAAACCUUCUCCCCAGUGCCUUGGUAACUCCUCUCAGGCCAAACAGUAUCGUUAAGAAUGAAGAGGCUGCUCCAAUGGAACUUUUGGCUGAGAAAAUGUCUCUUCCUGCCUUUAAUACAACCAGCGCCAUCGGGCAGUCUCAAACAACUUUGGAAACCACCAUAUCCAGCCUCUUGGGGAGUGGCCCAUUCUCCUCUUCUGCUUCUCAUUUAGCUCCAGAGAGCGAAAAACAGCCCCCGCAACCACAGUACCCUCCUGACACCAGGCCUGCCCUUCAGGCUCCGGACCUGGUGCAGUCCGGCAGCUUUGCAGCCACCUCUGCUCCGAGCCAGCUGCAGAACAGUGACAGCCUCCUGCAGCAGGCCUCCCAGUUCCCCUUGAGGGAAGCUUCCUCCAGAGAGGCUUUGCAGUCGGACAGCACAGCCAUGGCUUUGUCCCAGCUGACGGAGGCUCCCCAACAGCCGCCUCCCCUUCAGGAGUCCAGCCAGGCACUGCAGCAGCAGCAGCAGCAGCAGCAGAUCUCCUCCAGCAUGUUCUCCUCGGCCGGCGGGGUGAGCCAGCUCCAGAGCACAAUCCAGCAGCUGCAGGCGGGGAGCUUUCAGUCCAGCCCCGGGGACGGCGGAGGCGGCAGCAGCAGAAACAUUGACCUGGUUCAGCAAGUCCUGGAAGCUCAGCAGCAGCUGUCCUCCGUCCUCUUCUCAGGCUCCGAGGGCGAGGAUGUGCAAGAGCAGCUCAACGCAGAGAUCUUCCAGCAGGUCAGCCAGAUCCAAAAUGGAGUCAACCAGGGCAUGUUUCCUUCCGCGGACACCGUCCACUCGCGGGCAGAAGACCUCCUCCCCAGCCGAAGCGAGAUCAUGCGCCCACAGCCGGAGGCUUCGUUGGCCGGGCAGCAGCAGGCGCAGCAGCAGGCGCAAGCGAUGGAGACGUCUGCUGCGAUGGUGAUUGACAUGCAGCAAGGCCUUUGCCAGGCCCCCGGCCGCAUGCCGUCCGACUUGUUCGCCUCCUCUUCCUCCUCCUCCUCCUCCUCUUCCUCCUCGGGAAAUGGGAGCAUCCAGCAGUCCCCAGUUUACACGCAAACUUCCCAUUUGAUAGGCGGGCUGUCAGCAAGCGAAGACAUGCAAAUGCAGUGUGAGCUGUUCUCCCCCACCAGCGUCCCCAACAGCGACGCGGCUACCCCAGGGCAGCCACAGGAGCAGGUGCCCGCCGGCGGCCCUGCCCUCUUCCCUGCUUCAGGCUGCUCUGCGGAAGGCAAAGAAGCCUCCGGACAAGCCAAGCAGAUGCAGAGCACCGUCUUUCAGGCCAUGGUCCAAAUGCAGCACAGUGGGGAAGGCCAGGCCCAGGUGGCCCUUUUCCCUUCCUCGGAGGAGAUGCUGGCUGCCGUUCAAGGCCCCGGGGCCCAGCAGCAGAGCGGGGGGCUCUUCCAGCAGAGUGGGGAGCAGAUGCUCUCUCUCCAGGCGGGCAGCUUCUUGUCCCCGGCUGCCCACUCCCAGCCUCAGCUGUUCCACUCUCAGAGCCCCAUCGGGGACGCCCAGAGCAUCUCUCAGGAGGCCCCCGGUUCUCUUUUCCACAGCCAGAACGCUGCCGCCUCUUCUGAACAGCUGCAGCAGCCCAUGUUCCACUCCCAGGGGAGCCUCGGGGUGGUUCCGGACCAGCAGGGAGGCAGCCUGUUUCUCCCCCAGAAUGCGCAGGAGGAGCAGAUGCCGUUCUUCGCCACCCAAAGCUCCCUCUCUCCCUUGCAAGGCCCGGCCAGGGCUGAGCAGCAGCCCUCCUUCCAGCAGCCCCACCUCCAAGGGCCUCUGCUCGCCCAGGAGCAGCACCAGCCGACACAUCAGGGCCUCUUCCAGGCCCAAGUGACUCUGGCCCCCCUCCCUCCCUCUGGGGUGCCUCCCAACCAGCAGGGGGGCAUUUUCCAAGCCCAGCAUUCACUUGUGGCUCUUCAAACCAGUGCCUCCGCCCAGGAGCAGCAGCAGCAGCAGCAGCAGCAAAGCCUGCGGUUCAGCAGCCAGAACCCCAUGAGCUCCGUGGCCUCCCAGAAGCCAACACUGCUCUUCAGCUCCAGCCCCAGCACGAUGGCCAGUCAGGAGCAGCAGCAGCAGAGCCAGCCUCUCUUCCACCCCCAGAGGGCUCAAGAGCAGCAGCAGCAGCAGCAGCAGCCCAUGCAGUUCCAGAGCCAGGGUUCAGGCUCCACCCAAGCUGAGCCACCACAACCGCCGCCGGGUUUAUUCCAUGGCUCCCCCCAGAUGCAGCUGGGAUCCCCCAGUGCUCAGGAGCAGCCAGUCACCCUCUUCCUAUCAUCGGCUUCCAUGUCUGCCUUGCAGAGCAACAUGGGCCAACAGGAGUUGCAGCAACCCCCUCUGUAUCCCUCCCAGAGCAGCCUGCCAAACAUCCAGGACUCUUCGUCGCCCCCCCAGCAGCAGCAGCAGGCAGCCUCUUUGUUUCACAAUGCAUCUGCGGGAAGCUCCCUCAGCCAGCUGCAGAACUCCUCCGCUUCAUCCCCCCAGACCUCCGGGAUGUUCCUCUUUGGCAUCCAAGACACAGGUUGUGGCCAGCUGUUAACGUCUGGACCGGGUUCCGUGUCAGAGCAGAUGAUGACCCUCAGCCAAGCACAGAACGAGGUACAGCCGUCUGUCACGGCUCUCCUGUCCCAGCAAAUGUCAGAGAGUCCUCAGAUUUCUUCUGCAAUGACCACCAAUCAGAAUAUGAAGAAGAUUGAUGACCUGCUUGUAUCCCUCCAAAAUCAGGGGAACAAUGCCAUGGCCAGCUCCUUCUAACAAGCGAGAAAUCCUGCACUGGACAGGCUGCAUCUCUGGCUAUUCUGGAGUUUAGCAAAGUAGCAUUCUCUCUUCUCUGUUGAAAGGUGGCCGAAAGCAACAUCUUCAUCCUUGCUUUGGAAGAAUCCCACUCUGGAAGCUGGAAUCCCACUCCCCAAGCUGAAGUGGGGGGCAAAGCCGGGUUUUGUCUUAUCCAGGCAUGGGUUGGACUGUUAUCCCCAUCCCCAGUUCUCAGAGGGAUGUGGAGCAUGGCUGUCACAUGUCAGCACAAGGCAAGAACAAUGGGCUCCCUCCCCCUCCCUCUCCCGGUCCUUUUCUGGUUUUCACGAUUCUUUGGGCACAUUUCCUGUGUCCUCAAUCUUUUGACGGUUCCCCAUGAUUUGUGGCCACCUAUGGAAAUGGCUUCCAUUGAAAACUGUGGCGGGAGUGGCAUGGCACAAGUCUUCUGCAUAUGCUAUGAAUCCCACCCAGGAUCACGUCUUGAUGCUGCACCUGUUCGGGUGGUGACUGUGCAUGUCUGGAUUGGGCUCUGAAGCAGCAGCGGCUCCCGUCAGAGAGAGUGGGGGAGGAGCCCCUGGGGUGGGGGAGGUUUAGGGGGCACAAGGAGGGCCCUGCAGGGCAGGCACCCUCGGAUCACGGCUGUAGCUUGCUGAGAGCCGGGCGCAAGGGACCUCAGUGCUCGGCUGUUCCCCCUUGGCAGUUGCUGGUCUAAGGAACUUGUUUCGGAGUCUGCUUUGACUCCUCUGGAAGCUUCUCCCUGGAGUUUCCACCCUCCUAUUUAAAUAUUCUGUCAUAUACAGAAUUAACUUUCCGGCGGACUAGAAAAGCAGAAAAGAAAUAUUUGUGGUGAAUACAUGGCAGGAUUUAAGGAAGAAAGAGUAGAAUUUAGGUUGUUUUCGACACCGUUGCCGGGAGAUGGAGGCUCCAUGCUGGGAACAUGGAGCUCCAUUUUGAGCUCCAGGGCAGGGGAGCAGCCUCGCUCCUGUCAGAGGCCUUUGCGAAAAGGCCAGUGCGCAGGCUCUCCUGGGCUCCACCGCCUGCAGCCGCCUCCAGGCCUCUUGCGCGGGGCGUCUGCCACUCCAGAGUGGCCCUGGGCGGCUCUCGCUGACCUCUCGGCUGUUUGUCUUCUGGGCUGAGAAGAAGGCCGCUUGUCUCCCUCGUGCGCCUGUCGGGAGGGGGGGGGGUUCUUUCUCAUGCUGUGCCAGUCCGUCUCCUCUGUUAGUGGUCCGUGUGUUCAGUCCCAAGAGGUUUGGGUAUCGUUUUCAGUAGUACAGGCUCUUUUGCCAAUAUGAAGGGAACUUUUCAGAAAGAGGCCUCCUCGAGGUCAUUUAAUUUUGAAUACAGUUUUCAGUCGUUCAAGUUUUGGAUGGUUUAUAUCUAAUGUGUGUUUCAUUUUUUGGAAAGCUCUAUUUUGUAUUUAGUAAAUGAUAAACUAUUUUGCUAUUUGUACUAGAUGAGUACAUUGGCACACACACACAGACAUAUAUAUAUAUAUAAUAUAAUAUAUAUAUUAUACACACAUACAUUCACACACAUAUAUUCUUCUUGCCACAGAUUUUUUGUGGCAAAUGUGUGAGUUUAUAGUCUCUUCUCCCACCACAUGGCAUCUGGUUAUGGGGGAAAGGGGACAGGUUUCUUUAAUCUUCAUGGAGUAUUUCUGUAACUUUUGUGUCAGGUGUUCCUUCUUUGUCUGGCCAUUCCAUCAGUGCUGGCUGGCCAUGAAGGCAGCUUCACCCGCAAGGGAUGGGCCUCCUGCUGUGGGGGGCUCAGCAGGGGAGUCCCUUGGGGUGACUUCUUAAAAGCUGGGAUUUGAUUCCACUUUUAUUCUCUGUUAAUGUCUGACAUUUUUGCUGGCUUUUUAAUUUAUAACACUAAUGCUCUCUGCUUUCCCUCUUUUGUAAAUCCUAUAGAUUCCUUGAACCUAACUCUGAUGCUGAGAAAGAGAGAUGCACACAUGCGGAGGGAAUUAUGGGGAGGUGGAAAGGAGAGGGCAAAAGUCCCCAAGCCAGUUUACUUGUUUUGUGUGUAGGGGGGGAGGAAACGUAUCACAGUCUGAGGUCAGCUCCUUGUUAAGAGGUCUCCCGUCCUCUCUGAAGGGGGGGGGAUGAGCAGGGGCCGUCUGGUGAGCUGCUUGGGGCCAAUGCUGAGAUACCUGGGACCAAUCCUUCAUUGAACUGAGGUUCUGCCCAGAUCCCCAGGGAGCUGCUGAUCCUCCUUGCCACUUCUUGUGACAUCAGCAUCUGCUGCUCGUUCAAAAUGGUGAAACUGAUAAUUUUGUUGGUUGGUUUUUACUUUUCCUUGGUCCAGUUUAGGUCAAUAUUUAAAUGUGCAACAUUUUGAAUAUGUGAUUUGGUUACCAAAUGUAUCUUUUUGGAUCAAAGGGGCUGCUCAGUAGCUGGCAGAGGCUGGUCCUACAUCUUUGCUCCUGCUUUCUGUGGGCAAAGGGGGCGGAGUAAGGAGAGCUUCCCUUGGCAACUCCUCCUGCACCUGGCUGCUUCAGCAACCCAGCGAAGGCUGCAUUCCCCACCUGGCUGUUUUCAGAGCACUGGCGCAAGGAAUAUGAGAGAUUAAGAUUAAGAUUUAAUUUAUUUGUAUGCCGCCCUUCUCCGGGAGGGACUCACGACGGCAAACAACUCAAAAGGGGAAAGGGGAUACAAACACAAUACACGUAAUUAAAAUACACAAGAAGGCUAUCGUAGGAGAAGGACCCAUCUUUUCUUGUGGGAGAGGGUCCCUGCCUUUUAUGCUAAAGCAGAGAUUAUGGGAUUCGUUUGUAGAAUCAAGUCAAGGUUCAUGGAUAUAAGCCCCAGGAAGAAGAUUACAGUUUAAAAGAAAGUAUAGUCUUUUCAAAUACAGCGUCAGGGUUCUGACGGCCCAGUGUAAAAGAUGGCUUCCAGGUCUGACACAUCCCCUUUAUUAAAGUUUAUAUUAAGAACUUUCCCAUACAGGUAGUCCUUGAUUUACAUUCUUUCUUUUAGUGACCGAAGUUACAACAACACUGAAAAAAAUGAUUUACAACGGAUCUUCACACUUACCGUGGUCACGUGAUCAAAAUCCCAGCGCUGGCAACUGGCGUGUGGAGCUGCUGGUUCCAGCAUCCCGGGGUGGAGGGACGGCCGUUCGAGAUCUGACAAGCAGCGUCAAUGGGGGAAGACAGGUUCAGUUAACAACUGUGUGAUUGGCUCCACAACCACGGCAGAAACGUUGGUAAAAUUGGGUGUGAUUCACUUAACAGUUGCCAUUCUUGGCAAUGGAAAUUCUAGCCUCAGUUGUGGUCGUAAAUUGAGGACUACCUGUAGAAUAAAGAAAAAGGAAAGUGCAAGAAAUGAAAAAAAGAAAAGAAUUUAAUGAAUUUUCUUUUCAACAGAUAGUUGCUUUAAUAAUCCCUCCUUAGAUAUAUCAUAAAAUGUAUAUUGCCAAUUACCUCCCACAGACCUAUUAGAUCCCACAGACUAGGCCUCCUCCGGAUUCCAUCAGCUGGUCAAUGUC